GAAGCUGCGACGCGGAGUUUCACUCUGGCUGUCUCCUCAGAGUCGGAGGAGUAGCCGGAGUUGUGCCGAGCCAGAGCUGCUGCCGGUGGACGGCGGUGCCCUCUUCUUGCACCCUCACCCUCCUCAGCCUUGGUCUGCUGGAAACGUUGGGCAAUGAACUGGAGACGUCAACCCAGAGCGGUCUGAAGCCAUUUGGGAAAGCAGAGGGAUCCUGGGGAAGAUGGCCAUGGCCCCAAGCUCUUCCCUGGCUCAGGUGUAUACCAGUCCUGUGGCAGUGGCCGUGUGGGAGUGGCAGGAUGAGCUGGGCACCUGGCACCCCUAUAGUGCCACUGUCUGCAGCUACAUCGAGCAGCAGUUUGUCCAGCAGAAGGGUCAGCGCUUCGGGCUGGGGAGCCUGGCCCACAGCAUCCCAUUAGGUCAAGCUGACCCUUCGCUGGCCCCUUACAUUAUUGACCUCCCCAGUUGGACCCAGUUCCGCCAGGACACUGGCACCAUGCGGGCUGUGCGGAGGCACCUGUUCCCCCAGCUUUCAGCCCCCGGCCGAGGCAUUGUCUGGGAGUGGCUGAGCGAUGAUGGCUCCUGGACUGCCUAUGAAGCCAGCAUUUGUGACUUUCUGGAGCAGCAGGUGGCCAGGGGCAACCAGCUUGUGGACUUGGCGCCUCUGGGGUACAACUACAUCAUCAACUAUGCCACCCACACACAGACCAACAAGACUUCGAGCUUCUGCCGUAGUGUGCGGCGCCAAGCAGGGCCCCCUUACCCAGUGACCACCAUCAUUGCUCCACCGGGCCACAUGGGAGUCGCCUGCUCUUGCCAUCAGUGCCUCAACGGUGGCGGGACUGGCCCAGUGUCAGGUCGCUACCGCCAUUCCAUGACCAACCUCCCUGCAUACCCUGUACCUCAGCCCCCCCAAAGGACUGCUGUUGUCUUUGGAGCCCAUCAGGCCUUUGCCCCAUACAAUAAGCCCUCACUCUCUGGAGCUAGGUCUGCACCCAGGCUGAACACCACCAACCCCUGGGGUGGGGUGCCACCCUCCUUGGGGAAUCAGCCCCUUUACUGCUCCAGCCUCUCCCACCUGGGACCACAGCACCAGCCCCCAGGAUCAUCCACUGCCAGUGGAGCCAGUGCCUCCAUCCCCAGCGGUCCUGUGAGCAGCCCUGGGAGCAUCCCUGCCACUGUGCCCGUGCAGAUGCCAAAGUCCAGCAGGGUCCAGCAAGCCCUUGCAGGCAUGACGAGUGUUCUGAUGUCAGCCAUCGGACUCCCUGUGUGUCUUAGCCGCGCACCCCAGCCCGCCAGCCCUCCCGCCUCCUGUCUGGCCUCUAAAAGUCACAGCUCAGUUAAGAGAUUGAGGAAAAUGUCCAUGAAAGGAGGGACUCCAAAGCCAGAGCCAGAGCCAGAGCAGGUGAUAAGAAACUAUACUGAAGAACUGAAAACAGCUCAGGAUGAGGACUGCAUCAUCUGUAUGGAGAAACUGUCCAUGGUGUCUGGGUACAGUGAUGUGACCAACAGCAAGAGCAUCGGGCCAGUGGCUGUGGGCCGCCUCACCAAAUGUAGCCAUGCCUUCCACCUGCUCUGCCUGCUGGCCAUGUACUGCAAUGGGAACAAGGAUGGAAGUUUACAGUGUCCUUCCUGCAAAACCAUCUAUGGAGAGAAAACUGGGACCCAGCCUCGGGGGAAGAUGGAGGUGUUCAGCUUCCACGUGUCCCUCCCUGGCCAUGAGGACUGCGGGACAAUACUCAUAGUUUACAACAUUCCCCAUGGCAUUCAGGGCCCUGAGCACCCCAACCCCGGGAAGCCAUUCACUGCCAGAGGGUUUCCCCGCCAGUGCUACCUUCCAGACAAUGCCCAGGGCCGCAAGGUCCUAGAGCUGCUGAAGGUGGCCUGGAAGAGGCGACUUAUCUUCACAGUGGGAACAUCCAGCACCACAGGCGAGACUGACACGGUAGUGUGGAACGAGAUCCACCACAAGACAGAGAUGGACCGCAAUGUGACAGGCCAUGGCUACCCUGACCCCAACUACCUGCAGAAUGUGCUCGCUGAGCUGGCCGCUCAGGGAGUGACUGAGGACUGCCUGGAGCAACAGUGACCCACCAGCCUGCAGCCGGCCACCCCAUUCCCACUGCCAGCUGGUCUGCCCCUGGGAUGGACAGACAGGAAUGUUCCUUUCCUCAGAGGCUGAGGUGUUUGUUGGGGUUCUGGACAUUUUCCACCAAAGCUGGGGCUUUGGUUCUGCAUGGGAAUUGGGCAAACCUGGGGAGUUGUACUUGGGGAGGGGCUUAAGAUGCAGCUACCUCAGUGCUGGGGUCCUGGCAUGGGGUGAGGAGAGACUGCCCCAUCCCCAGCCAGGGACAAGAUUGGGUCUGGGUCAGCUUCUCAUACCUCAGAUGUUCUGUUUGCAAUAAAUGCCCAAUAGCCAAAGGCAACAGGUCCCUGUUGUGUUCGUCAGUGGAAAGGCUGUGUGUGUAUGAUGUAUGAAGACUAGCGCAUACUUGUCCUGCUGUAUCAAAGCAGGAGGGGACCUUACGGGCUGCCCAUUCAACUCUGAUUUCCUAAAUGAAGAAAAUGAGGCUGCAGUGAGGGCCAGAGAGCCCAUGGCACUGACCUGUGCUGCUUUCCCAUCCCCCACUCCAGUUCUUGCACCAUGGAGUUCAGUAACUCAGGGCCCACCAUCCAUUACUUUCCCAGGUCCUGGCUAGUGGUAGAGCCAGAGCUGGGAUCUGGGUCAGGAUUGG